AUGUCUGGUCGUGGUAAAGGUGGUAAAGGACUUGGAAAAGGCGGAGCAAAACGUCAUCGCAAAAUUCUUCGGGAUAACAUUCAAGGAAUUACCAAACCGGCAAUUCGUCGUUUAGCUCGUCGAGGUGGUGUCAAACGUAUCUCUGGACUGAUUUAUGAAGAAACCCGUGGCGUAUUAAAAGUGUUUCUUGAGAAUGUUAUUCGUGACGCCGUCACCUAUACUGAACACGCUAAACGCAAGACUGUAACGUCACUGGAUUAUAUGCACUCAAACGCCAAGGCAGAACUCUCUAUGGUUUCGGUGGAUAAACAACGAGUUACUAACAUCAACUUAUAG